CAGCACCGCACGGCACAGGGUGGUGGACACGACAAGAGGGACGAGCGUCGUUUAUGUCAAGCAAAUGUCAACUUUCCAGAGAGAAAAUGAAGCAGCUAAGUCUCUGUUCAGGAGGCUUGAGUCUGCAGUUACUCCCAUCGUGUCCGGGGAGUACAGUCACCAUCGGGACAGAGCGGCGAUGGCAUCCCGGAUUUCUUUCACUCAGGCCCGGCUGGAAGCGGAGCUGGAGCGCUACCGGGCCGAGUGCCAGUGGGACAAGAUGCCGGCGAUAGUUGAGCAGAUGCAGGCUGCGCGGAUCCACGAAGACGAUGAUUACGGGACGCUGCUGAUGGCCGAGGCGCUGCUGGAGGAGUGCGUGCUGGAAAACAUGGAUCUGCUACGCAGGUCCAAACCUUUGGUGGACAAAACCCAGCCCAAACUGUGCAAGGCCAAAAGACUCCUCAAUACCAUCCUUAGCCGAGGCCGUCUAACACCCCGGUACUUGAACGAGGCUCUGCUGCUGAUGGCCAAAGUGCACUACGUGCAGGGACGCUACCGGGACGCCCAGGGAAUGUGUGCCAGGGUGGGGCUGGAGGAGCUGACGCAGGAUGACCAGCCGACCUACCACCUCCGCCUGCUGGCUGAGGCGUUCGUGAUUAAAGGUCUGUCUCUGGAUCACCAGACGCUGUCUGCCGUGUCCCGUGUUCGUCUUUCUGAGAGAGAGGAGGAGUCCCUGUCCUGUUACCUCAGGGCCUGUGACGCAGCUCUGUCCUACCUGCAGGAGCUCGAUAAGGUUGUAACAACACCCCACAUCAAGUCAGCCAAAACCAUUUUACUUCACUCACCCAGUGAUAUUGAACUGGGCUACUUCCUGCAGGCUGCAUUACAGAGUGCUUACCUUUGUCUGCUGCAUAGGGGAGUACAAUCUGCAGCGAGAAAACUAGCAAAAGUGUUGCUGAGCUCUGUGAGCGAGGACAGCUACUGGCCCCCGCUGGGCCCCCCACCCUCAGCCUGGCUUCACAGAGAAGGAGCCGCCGCCUCCAAAGACGCCAUCUACCCCACUGUUAAACCACCACAUCGCUACAGCACAGAAUGUUGCUUCUGUCCUCAGGACGUGGUGGAGGAGGCCAUUUUGCUGCUACUCAUCUCAGAAUCCAUGGCCAGCGGUGACGCGGUGAUCAGUCGUCUGCCGGAUCAGGCUGAGGCUCGCAAGACCAGUCUGCAGGACGCCACCUCAGUCUAUGACCUGCUCACCAUCGGCAUGGUCAGGAGGGGGCAGUACGCCAUGCUCUCUGAGUGUCUGGAACGAGCCAUGAAGUUUUCAUUCAACGAGUUUCACCUGUGGCACCAGUUGGGCCUGUCACUCAUGGCCGCCCGGAAAGGGGUUGGUGCUGUAUCUGUAUUUAAAGAGUGUGCCAGGAUGAGACCAGAAGACCCUUCAUUGCCCUUGUUGGCUGCUAAAGUCUGCAUUGAUCAGCUGCAUUGGAUCAAGGAGGCAGAGGCUCUGUCCCAGAGUGUGGUGUCUAUGGGGGAGGAAGCAGGAGAAUUUCUGCCUAAAGCCUACCUGGCUCUGGGACUCUGCUGCAGUCUGCAGGCCUCUGAUGCUUCUCUGACCACAGACCGAAACGACUUCAACAAAAAGGCACUAAAUGCUUUGAAAAAAGCUCAUUCACUGGACCCUCAGGAUGCGCAGAUUGCCAUGUACCUGGCUCUGCAGCUGGCCAUCGUACGCCAGGUAUCAGCAGCUAUGGAGCCCCUUCAGGCAGCUUUGUCUCUCUGUGGGGAUGACUUACACUCCCUCCACCUGCUCACCCUGCUGCUCAGUGCCCAGAAACACCACCGUCAUGCUCUGGACACCCUUACUUUGGCCCUCGGCCAGCACCCUGACAACUUCAAUUUGCUGUUCACAAAGGUAAAGCUUGAAGAGGUGCUGCUCGGCCCGGCUGCAGCCCUGCAUACCUGUGAGGAGAUGUUGCAGCACUGGCAGAGCCGCUAUGAUGUCAGCCGCUCCAGCGAGACAGAUGACAGCAGCAGUAUACCGAUGCCUGAGAGGACAGAGGUCAGCCCCAGCGGCAGGAAACCCUCCAUCCACCUCACCCUGCCUGACUUCCAGGACACCUCCACUGGUUCACAGAGUCCUUCGUCAGUUGCACUAUCCCGUCUUGAAGCGGCUCUGUCCGAGGUGUCAGACCUCAGCUCUACCCGUCGCCAUGGGCCCACCUAUAUUUGGACCAUCCUGGAACGCAUUUGGCUGCAGGCUGGAGAGCUGUUCAUGGCAGACAGUCGGCUUAAGGAGGCUCAGUUCUGUAUAGCCGAGGCCAGUUCGCUCUUCCCCAACUCUCACUCUGUGCUGCUGCAGCGGGGCCGCCUGGCCGAGCUCCGGGGCCACCUGGACGAAGCCAAAGGCCUGUAUGACGAGGCCCUGGCCAUGCAUCCUACAGGAGAACGGAUACUGGUGCACACGGGCCGUCUGCUGGUGAAAACUGGGCGUGUCCACCUAGGCGAGAAGGUUCUGCGUGAUGCGGUUCAGAUCCACAGCACCUCCCACGAAGCGUGGAGUGGACUGGGUGAAGCUCUUCAGUCUCGGGAUUGCAACCAGGCCCCCGACUGCUUCUUGACAGCCCUGGAGUUGGAGGCCUCCAGUCCCGUCCGUCCCUUCACUGUCAUCCCCAGAGAGCUCUGAGAUGACGGCCUUGCAGUGGCAUGGAGGUUUGGGUUGGGGUGAAGAUUUUGGCUAAAAUCUAAUGAUGAGCUGACGAAAAGACAAUGGAAACAUGAGCUUUAAAUCAAAAGUUAGUUUUGGGUAUUGGGUCUGUUUUCUUGCUGUUGGGGAGAACAGACUGGUAUCACUCAUGUAUUUACAAUAUUUGAAGACAAAAUAAAAUAAAAUAGUAUCUAUUUCCCCAACUAGUUGGCAAGUGGUUGCUGUAAGUGGCUGGUGGUUGCAAGCAUCUAAUUUGAUUCAAAGAGGUAAAUUAUGCAGCAUGGAAGACCUUGAUUUGACUGAUUUGGUUGCUACCAGGUUGCCACAGUCAGGUUUGUAGUUUGAAAACUUGUCUGCAAACACUUGCCGAGUGGAAGUGAAACUGAAAAGUUCAACACAAAUAAGAAGAUCGAGACUGCCCGAAGUCGAAGUAAAAGUUGUGUCUUUCAUGCAAAUUACAAACAACCCGGACAAGAUAAUGAUGACAAUCAGGUUUUUGGUGCAGCAGCCUCCAGCAGCCACUUGCCAACUGGGGCUUUGCAGGACUAUGUUAAUUAUCAAUUGUGGGAAAGGUAAGACUUUUUUCAACCAAAAGAAAAAACCAAGUUGACCAAGUAAGUGCACUUGGUCUGGAGAAUUCCCAGUUAACCAAAAAAAAAAAAAAAGAAAGACCUCCAGCAUAACCAGUCUCAGGAAGGGUGCUUCCAUCCCUGUGUGCUGCAGUGUGCUGCAGGUCACUAAAUUGAAGACAUAAGUUUUCAUUUUCUGAAAAAUAUUUAUUUUUAUUUAUUUUGCUGUUUUGGACUGAACUAGGUGAGCUGUCUCCUCGUGUUUCAUAUUUUUCUUAAGCGUGACUUCAGGUUUAAGGGACAGAGGUUUGAGUGGUAUUUAUUUACUCAUCUAACUCUAAGUUUGUUUUCCAAAAUUUUAGCCAUUCCUUCAUCAAGUAUAUUUUAAAGAACAAACCGUUUAACAAAUCACUUUUACCUCAACUUGAAAAAGUAAUUAAUCUCAGCAACUUUCUUUGUUUCUUUGAU